AUGGGUGAUACACAGUCUACAGCACCUGCUGUAGUUGACACGACUAAAACUACUUUAAGUCUGAAUGGGCAACUGUUGCCGGAAGUCCCCUCGUUAAGUCGAUUUCCGAAUUUGGAAUACUUGGACUUAUCAAAGAAUACUAUCAGUCAAUUGGAUAAUGUGGUUACUCUACUGAAUUUGACGAAAUUGAAUGUGAACUGUAAUGAUAUUCAAAACCUCCCGGACUUACUAUUCAUUAACUUAACACGACUGCAAAGCUUGGAAAGUGCAACGAACCAAAUCAGUGUCUUGUCGCCGUUAAUUUGCUUUUUAACAUCACUUGUUAAUCUUAAUAUGGAACAUAACCUCCUGGAAACGAUCCCAGACACUUUGGCAUCGUGCCAACAACUCACUUAUCUCAAUUUGGGAUUUAAUAAAUUAGUUAACAUCCCACCUACUAUACAGGAAAUGCCACAACUUAAGGGACUGGUCUUAAAUAAUAAUAAAAUCACACGGAUACCAAAGAACAUUGGUAAACUGACGAACUUGACGCUUCUCAAUUUGGCUGAGAACGAAAUGAAGGAACUCCCCGACUACACUAUGACGUGCACUAAUCUUGUCAAACUCUAUUUGGACAACAACGACUUGCAAAAGGUCUCACCACAAAUCUCACAGCUGAUCCAAUUGAAGGAACUCAAUUUGAGAUCGAACUGCUUACAAAAGCUCCCAAUCGACUUGACUAAAUUGAGUAACUUGGUCAUGUGCGAUAUUGGGGAUAACCAAUUUAAUGACAAAUUUUACUCGACGGAGCCGUCCAUCCCACAACUGUUUCAAAGGAUCUCAAAGUUUUCGUUCUCGGCGCCUUCGAGGAAAGUUGCUUCUAAAGCAGAUAGAAGAAAACAGAGUAUACAGAUCCAAAUGUCACUGUCACAGAACGCAAAGACAAAAGUGUUUAAUGCCGACGACAUCUAUAAGAAAGAGAUUUUGUUGCGAAUAUCGGAGAAUGAGGACUUCACAUAUUGUCGAAUGGUGCAGUGCUCUUCUGAGAUGGUCAAUCACUCGGACGCAUAUAUAUACUUUGACAUGAAAAAGAUCGUUGUCUGGUUCGGUGCAAAAUGCAACGAUUUCAAGAAGGAGAAAGCACGAAACAUUGGGGAAAUACUAGCACAGGAGAAAAACAGUGUAAUUGACGAGAUUGAUUGUACUACGAAAAACACCAAAGACGUGUUCAAGUCGAUUUUUAAAGUCAAUGAAUUCAGUGAUACGGUAUACAACGACGAAGAAGUGUUCACACAGUAUAUAAACAGUUUAAAGGUAUACACUUUUGAGGACUUUGAGAAAGGAGUCGAUGUCAAUGAAGUCAAAGAUGAAGUAUUAACGUCUGAGAUAUUACAAUCAUCAAGAAGUGUGUUGAUAGACACUGGUGUUGAUGUGUUUGUGUGGGCUGGUCAGUACUCAAAUAACAACGAAAAGAACUCUGCGAUGCUCCAAGCAGAAAGUCUUCUCUCAAGUUCGGGAAGAAGAAAAGAACAGUUGGUGUAUGUCAUAGAAGGAAAUGAAUUUGUCAUAUUCAAAGAGUACUUCCACGACUUGGCAGUGAAAGAUGAGAAUUUCAUAGAAACGGAUAUCGUUGAGGCACUGAGAAGCACGUCUCCUGUUGGGAUACGAACAUCACAAAUACGAAAACAGCGAAGUCCAUCGCCAAUGAGGACGGGAAGUGAAUCUCCGAAGACGGCAAAUAUCAAAGGAAUGCAUAUGAAGAAAAAAUCAGAGGACGUGCAAAAUGGUGUUGCACUCAACACACUCACAAACAAAGAGGACAUUGAAACUUUAAAACAACUGCCAAGCCCUAGAGCAGAAAUCACUCAAUACAAAAACGAAUUGACUGUGACUGAAGUGGGUGGACAAGAAAUAACAAGAAAAGACAAACCACUGCCAAAACCUCCUAAAGAAGAAAUUAAAAAAGAACAACCACAAAAAGUCGACAAACCAGUUGAAGUUGAACCAAUUAAAAAACAACCAGCAGAAAAACGUGUUGAAACACCAAAAGAAUGUGAAAAGAAAGAGAAAAGUGUUGUCACUGAAAACAAAGGAACAACGUAUAUAGUACCUGCACCAAAACAAGAACCAAAAACAAAUGAAAUACCAAAGAAAGUCGAAACUCAAGUCAUUCCUAUUUCGGAAGAAAAGAAGACGCCAGUCGAGAUGAAAAAGGAAAUACCAAACAAACCAUUGCCUCAACCAAAACUAAAAGAAACAACAAAUAAGCAGAUAGCAAUUCCUAUAGAAAAACCAAUACCAAAAAGUAAUAAAGAAGUCGAAAACGAAGACAAUCAACUCAUCAAAAUGGCUCAUAGAAAAACAAUGCAGAAAAAAAGAACUGCCGCAACAAAAACACAGGCCGAAGUGCAAAGAGGCCUUAACGCUAAGACCGAGACGGAAGAAAACACAACACCGACAGUCGCUGGUGUGCCUGCCCAGAAGAAAGGUGUCACCAUUGAUGAGAUCUUCAAGCAGCGAGAGAAGUUUGUAGCGCGACGAGUUGAGAACGAGGCGAACAAUGUUGAGACUGAGUCGGUGCAAGAGGUCAAUCCCAUCAAUUUGAAACGGCUGUUCCAAGUGAAAGGGCAGCGCCGUCCAUAUGUGAAGCAAGUUGAGUGUAGUUUGAAGUCAUUGAACUCUGGCGAUGCGUUUGUGCUUGAUCCGGGAAAGAACAGUGGAGUGAUAUACCAGUGGAAUGGGAAGAAAUGCAAUCGAAUGGAAAAAGGUAAAGCGAUGGAUGUAGCCAAACGGAUUAAAGACAAAGAGCGUGUUGGAAGCAAACAAGUUGUUGUGGACGAAGGCAAAGAAACUGAGCAAUUCUGGACGGCACUUGGUGAACAAGGGGAAGUCAAACUCGAUGAUGGUGUUGUAGAUACUGUUGUAGAAGUGUCGUACGCACAGAGCGUGUCAUUGUUAUGGGUGAAGUAUGAUGUGAUGGGUGACUCCGUAACAAUGGACAAAGUGGUUGAUGCUAGGAAUCGACUGACAAAGAGUCUUCUGGAGAUGACGCAGUGUUACAUUUUAGACACCGAGACGGAGAUGUUUCUCUGGCUAGGGAACAA